GUGGCCGGAACGCACCGCCUCGCUCGGGCCGCGCGCGUCCAGCCGCACAGCUGCCCCCCAGCUCUCCCUCUCCGUGGCUGGCAGAGGGCGCUGUGCGUCCGUGCGCCCCGAGGGGCGGGCCCGGGCCGGGGCGGGGCUGGCCGGGCUUCCAGGCCGGGGCUCUAGCAGCCCGCGCCGCCCGGGCCGCUCCGGGGACGGGCCGGGGCGGGGCGCGGUCUUAGGAAGCCAGGCGGGGACGCGCGGAGGCGUUGGGGAGCGAGGGAGGGCGCGGCCAACUCCCGGAGGGACGGCAGGCCGAAAGAGCGGCGCUGGGGCCUGGCGCGCAGCCUGAGAUCGCCGGACCGCAGGCCGCCCCGCCACGGGCUCUGUCCCGGCCCCAGCCCCGCCAGCAUGGCCGGCCGGACCGUGCGGGCCGAGACCCGGAGCCGGGCCAAAGAUGACAUCAAGAAGGUGAUGGCGACCAUCGAGAAGGUCCGGAGAUGGGAGAAGCGCUGGGUGACUGUGGGCGACACUUCCCUUCGAAUCUUCAAGUGGGUGCCUGUGGUGGAUCCCCAGGAGGAGGAGAGGCGGCGGGCAGGAGGCGGGGCAGAGAGAUCCCGUGGCCGGGAGAGACGUGGUAGGGGCACCAGUCCCAGAGGGGGUGGCCCCCUCAUCCUGCUGGAUCUCAAUGAUGAGAACAGCAACCAGAGUUUCCAUUCCGAAGGUUCAUUGCAAAAGGGCACUGAGCCCAGCCCUGGGGGGACACCCCAGCCCAGCCGCCCUGGAUCACCGACUGGACCCCCAGAAGUGAUUACUGAAGAUACUCAGCCCCCACAACUGGGCCAGGAGAGAGAUCCAGGGGGGACACCUGCAGGAGGUACUGAUGAACCCCCAAAGCUGACCAAGGAGGAGCCUGUUCCAGAAUUGCUGGAAGCUGAGGCUGGCGGCAUGAGAAUCACCAGGCGAGCCCUGCAGGAGAAAGGCCUGAAAACAGAGCCCCUUCGGAGGCUCCUCCCCAGGAGAGGCCUCCGGACCAAUGCUCGGCCGACUUCCACCGUUCCGGAACCCAGAGCUCCUGGAAGUGGGAGCAAGGCCCAGAGGGCACCCAGGACGAUACCACAAGGGAAGGGGAGGUGAGCGGGUCCCAUCGCAUAAGGGGAGGCCCUUAGGCCUUCCUCAGCAGCCCCAAGAUCCAGUCAUUCACCCACACCGCUUAAGGGUGGCAAGGGCUUCGGAGCUGGGCACCCGCAGCCAGCUCUCCACUUGUCCCUGACCCUAAAUUAUGGAUCCAUCCUGCUUGCUGUGGGUCCAAAACUACUGGGCCAGGGCAGGUCCCAGACAGGGGAUGUCUGGGGACAUCUCUAGGUGAUGCCUAGAAGCAACUUGAAUACACAAAAUGGUGGAUCCUAUGCCAACUUGGCCACUUCUUCACACACUUAGGGCAGCCAUCCACCAAAGGGCCAGGCAUGGCCCCUGAAGGUGACCUUUGACCUUUGGAACUACAGUAUCUACACUGGUGAGGGGCCCUACCAGCAAGACUUGAGCAUCGAGCAGCACUGGGCAAAAGGUGAUGCUACAGCUUGUGAAUGGUGUCAGGAUUCAUGCUUGUGUGGCCCACGUGUAGAGACACCAUUCCAGCAAAUUCCUGGCAGCCUCCCGCUUCCAUGGGCCUAUGGACUCUGGGCCUGCUAAUUAACCCUCGGCUCCAGAAGACAUGUGCCAACCUUGCCUCAGGUCAAUUGAGGGGCGCACAUGGCCCAGUGACCUUUCAGACCAGGCUACAGCCUCCUGCUCCAGGAAUGGAUGGAGACAUGUGGUCCAGCACUGCCAAAUCUACCUGAAAACUACCAACUUUGAGAAUCUCAUGGCAGACGAGCCAUUUGAGUGGUUCCAAGGGCUUUCAUCAACCUCUUGCCUCCGACUUAACAACUCACUGGGCCUGCUGUGCCAGGAGUUAGUGUCUCCUGUACCACAGAGAGAGCUAACUGUACUACAUAUUGCAACGUGUGGGAAUUAUUUAAUGCAGCACUCCUGUCAUAGAUCCUGUUAUUUUCACAUUUUACAGAUUCAGAAAGCAAACAACCAGGAGGUUAAAGAGCUUGCCCCAAGUCACACAGCCUGUCUGGCAGAGCCAGCAUUCGCACCCGGUCUACCCGCCUGACUCCACAGUCCCUACUAGGGUACCACUUCUUGUGCUGGGCAUGCAGGUGGGCUGGAGCUGUGAGCUUGUUGAGGCGUUCAUUGAAGGAACAUCCAUUUUUCUCAGUGGCAAAUUAUAUAGGACUUUUAAUUUUAACUUUCUUCUGUCUGACCUUCCUUCCUUCCUUCC